CUCGUGACAAACAAAGCUAUGCCAGCUUUGAUUCGUGAUGCGCUCGAAGAGGAGAAAAGUUCCGGUUCAAAGACCUUACUUUCAUCUAAACUAGGAGAGAUCGAGGAUCUCGAAGGUCCCGAUGCAGUUGAAACACUUACCAAGAGACUGAGGAAAGUCAAAAUAAACGUGGCAAUGGAAUUUGGCGAUUCAUCAAACCCACCAAAAGAAUGGGAACGCACUAAUGAACGCCCUGUGGAUAGCAGGUCCAGGACUAUGAUGAAGUAG